ACACAAUCAGCUCUACGAGCUCUACACCCGAAAGACUCGUCCAAAGGUCAUAAUAAGCGACCUCGGGUUAGAAUAAGAUUACGCAACCACAUCUAAAGUUUCCUAAUUCGGAUGAAGUGAACUUGUUGGAAUUUCACGACAUUUGAGUCUACUCGGUAUAUCGAUUUAUAGGCCAAGUUUCACUGAAUGAGCUUAACCUGUCAAGAGUUACCUCCCCUUAACCACAAGGUGGCAGUUUUCGUUUACAAACAAAGUUGAGCCAUGUGACAAGGAGUUGGGUUACAGGAUAUAUAUAAGUUCAAGUCGCCUGCUUCUCCCCUGACUCCACCGACAUGACGAAGUGUGUGUUGUAUCUGUUUGCUUGUGUGGCGGUGGCUACAGCCCAUGUAUGCAUGAUAAGUCCCCCACAGAGAGGGUCCAUGCUCGGCAUCAACAAGAUGGGAGCUGUUGACUGCAUGUUGGUUGCUGGACCGUGCGGGAAACGGGCAGUGGGUCCUGCAGUGGCUCUCACUGGAGGCCAAAACUUCACAGUGACCUUUCAAAAGAACCUUGACCACUGGGUUAAAGCAACACCAGGCUACUUCUCCAUCAUGUGGGGCCUGGAGACAAUGCCCCUAAAGGAGCUAGUGAGGAUACCGGACAUGGGCCAGCCCUCACUCUCACUUUUCUCUGUGAACGUCACCAUACCAACUAGGCCCGGUAAAGGAUAUAUUCUUCAGACGCAGUACAUGACGAACAACCCGAAGGCCCCUCCAACAUUCUACCAGUGUGGCGAUAUCAUUGUCAUGUAGACCCGGAUUCUCCUUGUUCAGCAUUUGCCCAAGGAAUGAUCAGGCACUACUUCGUUGCUUGAUAUGAGAUACAUUCUCCACAUCUGUGUUAUAUAUUGUUACGUUAUAUGUAGAUAUUGAAAAUCUAAAAAUGUCGAAAGCACUCGAUCAUGAUACACUUACCGAACAUUCUUGAUGGUUUCAAAUGGAUACUACCUCGUUACAAACGCACAAUAAGUCUUUUCAUUCAUGUAUGUAUAUAUAGUAUAUCAACAUGUUUUCUACAAUUGUUUUUAUAAAUCUAUAAUGAAUCUUUAAAUAAUAUAUAUAUUUCUAAAA